UUUCGAUGUCAAGCGCUACGUAUUUCUUUGAAAAAAGUCAAUUUUUCAUCGUUUUUCAUUCUUUCUCGACUUUCUUCACUUGAAUAGAAGCGUGGUGCAACAAGUGCAAAACGCUCAGCAGUGAAUAUCGGCGAUGAGUACCAGAAAUUCCGCGAGAACCAUGUGACACGAAUACGAAAAAGGGCUUCCAGACCGUCAAUGUGACAGAAAUGUUUUCUGCCAUCACGACGAGCCAACGCAGCCGCGGAGCCACUGGGAGCACGACGCGAGAUCACCGACCGGCGAUAUAGCGGAAUCGCGUCAAAAAUGAGCGCGAGAUGGCCAGUCCGCCACCGAACCCUAACGAAGGCGAGGAGGGCUCCGAGUUCAAAGAGGAGCCGAGCGGGGAACGCGCGGCCGCCCCGCAGAAGACGUACGUAGCACCGCCUGUUUCGCAGCUGCCCACUAAGCUGCAGUAUGUCGCGUUAGGCGCGCCCGGACCCAGCGGCAGCAUCAAGCAGUGUUUUCGAACAGUGAAGGCGGCACGCCGCGUUCCCACGUUGCCGCGUAAGACGCGCCCUGAUGAGGGCGGCGGCGCGGCCGCCGGCCCCAGCGCCGCGCCGCCCGCGCCCGAGCCCGAGCGCCGCGCGCGCCGUGACCGUAGCAAGCGGCACAUCUGCACCACCUGUGACAAGCGUUUCUCCAGCCCUGGCAAGCUCAGCCAGCAUGUCCUCUCCCACACCGGUGAGCUUCCUUUCUCCUGUGACCUUUGCGAUAAGCGUUUUAAUUCAAAAUUCAAGCUCGUCCGCCAUAGUCUUAUCCACAGUGAGGAACGUGCAUUUGCUUGCACAGUCUGUGGAAAAACUUUCAAUCGCAAAGACCAUCUCACUAACCAUAUUCGAGUACACAAUCCUGUUAAAAAAUUAUAUACUUGUGAGCGGCCAGAUUGUAGGAAAUCCUACACAUCAUUGCUAAGUUAUCGCAAACAUGCAGCUCUGCAUUCUGCGGAAGAGGGCAAUCUACAAUGCAAAAUUUGCGAUGAAACCUUUAGUUCUCGUCAAGAUAUAGUUUAUCAUCUGAAAGUUCAUACAGGGAGUCGAACAGUUAAAAAUGAAACCGAUAAAAAGUUCACUUGUGAUUACUGUGAGAGGAGGUUUUUUACAGCAAAGGAUGUUAGACGGCAUCUUGUUGUGCAUACAGGUAGACGCGAUUUUUUAUGCCCAUACUGUCCGCAGAAGUUUGGACGUAAAGAUCAUUUAGUGCGGCAUGUAAAAAAUGCUCAUCCAGAUGAGUCAUGGAAGUCGGCGGCUGUGGGGACAUCUAAGGAUCCGCCGCCGGAGACAACCACCUUCGAGGAAAAGUUCGUAAAUUUUCCGAUUGAGGGAACAGACUUUACAAUUUGGAAGACCUCCUCUCCAAAGGAGAGCACAUCCGAGGGUCCGACGAGAGUACCUUCUUCCGAUAUUAUUGUAGAAAUGCCGCCUGACCUUCCCGACCUCGAUAUAAAGGUGGAGCCACUAGAUAUAGAUAUAAAGCUGGAGGAACCGACGUCGCCGAGCUGCGAGCUGCUGGAGUACCCUGUGGUGUAUAUGGUCCCUCCGUACGCACAGACGCCGUCCGACUUGCCUUACAUGACGUCGCAGCCGCUGACCGAUCCUAUAGACACGCAUUUGCUGGACCCGAGCAACGUGCAGUCCUUGCUGAUGGACCCCGGGGAGGGGCCGUCGGGGCUGUCGAGCCAGAUGCUCGGGUUGCUAGAGGAGCGCGCGGAGACGCCGGCCUUCUCCGAGGAAGUAUCGCGGCCCCAGCAGCGGCUGCCGGCGUUCACGCAGGCGUUCCACACGGCGCCGCGCGCGCAGAGCCCCAAGCCUCCGCCGCCGCCGCCGCCGCCGCCCCACUAGCCUCGCCCGCGAGGGGAUAUUCCUGCAUUUAGCUUACGUCAAUCAAUACCGAACUACCUCAUUAGGUAAGGUUGGUCUAAGCAGUAAUAUUAAUAGUCUGGAAGAGUGCAGUAGUAAUCAAUUUGUAAUAUAAUGGACUUGAAUAUAUUGACCGUAUGAUAGGUAUGGGGGCCGGGAGCGCGCUCUCCGGCUUAUAUUGCCAAAUUGUAUAUUUGUACGUCUCAGGUAUACCAAAAUGUUUCCGAAUUCUACAUGAAUAUGUGAUCUAGUCGUGUAUGUACUUUCGGAAUUGUAAUUUUUAUAAUUUAUAGCGUACAUGUAUGACGUUUAAGGAGUAUAAAUGGGACCAACUCUGUGAGCUGUUAGAAACAUAGUGCGUAGAUGCGGUCACUCUAUGAGUCUUGUUCUGUGGGCAAUGAAGUAGUGAGCAGAAUUUGUGUAGGUAUAUAGCUCUUGAAAGCAGCAUGCUAUUACAAUAUGUUUUAGAGAGGCGUGCUGCUUUUACACGCGAAAUUAUAAUACAACAGAGAGCAUAUACUUUACAAAUGAGAAAGUACUGAAUAUCUGCUGGAAAACAUUAACAUCAGAUCUGUCUAAAUAUCUUAAGUAUAAGUGUUAAGACAAAGGGAUUAUUGUGGAUUCAAUUUCAUUCUAUUAUACAGAAUGAUAUUGAACUCCCUAAAAGUCAUGUCGCAGACUUGGGCUAGCAACAAAACAUAAUAAAACAAUAACAUAUACCUCAGAAGCAUGUGCUUCCUUAGAAUUUAAGACAACCAAUUGGGUCUACGUCUGACGAGCAAACUUAGGGUUGAACCACAUCUGACCGCGCAUGUGCUAUCGCAUUGUUUCCGUGUUGUCGAGCGCCUUGUCGAUUGCUCCACAAGCCGGUCGCACUCCCGCUCUUUUUUCGCUCUAGCAAAUGGAUAAGCUAGUGCGAUGCAGUCCGGCCAGUUAUAGUUCAACCCUCAAGAGUAAAUUGCAGCAUUUAAUUCAGAAGAUGUGCCAAAAAACAUAGAUUUGCUAAUUUCCAUUUCAUAUAUUUCAUUUCGUAUAUUUUUUUAACUUUGCUCAUUAGAUUCACAUUUUAUAGAGCAUAUUUUGUGUCGUGUAACGUGAAAAAGUUCGCUUUAUGGAAUACCAGGACCUUUUUUCCGAACAUUUCAAUCAGUUAUCUACUGAGUAAAGGUAUUAUCUUGGCAUACAUUUUAGAAUUAUGAGCCAAAUUGUAUAAAUUGUUUAUGUGGUUAAAAGAGUGUAAGUGUCAGAAGGUCGAUGAAAAUAUAGUGAAAAUUCAAACAACUUGGUUGGCUGGAAAUGGGAAGGAUUCAAAUAUGGUUUUCGAACUCGAAAAUCCGGUUUAUUCAUAUUUCAAAAAGUUUAAUCAAUGCGAUAGGAAACAACAAAUUGUUUGAAAAUAAUGUUAUGUAACGGAGUACUGGUCAAAGACUAGAAUUCCUGACACUGAAUCACGUUACUUUAAAUUUAAGUAUAAAUCGUUAAUACGAAGGUUUUCUUUGAAAAUACAGAGCAAUGUUGAAGCUGUUGAUAAAUUAGAUUGAAAAAAUAUUGAAAGCAUCAUCGUAAUUGAUGUCCUAAAGACCGAAAAUUUAAACCACAAUCGUUCUGUAUACUGUUUACUUACUUUUAACUUUUAGGCGACUGCAAAACUGAAGAUUUGGGACAAACGUUUUACAUUUUUUCCAUUAUUCGACGCUCCGUAAGCUCAUAAGAUAUCGUUGCGUAGGUAAAAAAAUAGUAGGGAACCAACUCUUGCGUAUAGAGUUUUUAUCUUUGUUAUCAUACGAUGGAAAUCUUGAAAAGUUUGCGCGAUGUUUUGUAUAGCCUGACACGAUUCUGUUGUGGUUUCUUAUAUUUGAUUACCGAUUUUGCAACUUAAGUUAGACGCACCUUUUAGACAGCGUUUUUAAAAUGUAACAUGAUUUUUGUGAAUCAACUGAGAAUCCACAUUAAAAUUUACUCUAACAUACGACAGCAAAAACAAUGCCCUGUUUAAUUAAUAAUGAUAUUCAAUGUUUGGCUUCUAAUAAGGCAAGGAACGUAUCGGAGGCGAGAUCCAAUGUUGUACACGCUGCAUACAUAGAAUAUGUAAAUAGUUCUAAUCUUUUUUAGGUUAAUAGGACUGUAAAAAAUUUAAUCUACCUCAAUUUCAACUUAUUCUUACGGCUAGAAAUUUAAUUACUACGUUAGGUUAGUGAAAAAUGUUAGGAUUUUUUCUAUUUCGAGAAAUACAACUUUAUGGCGUGUUUUCAUAGAAAUCCAUGUUGUAUUAAUAUUUUUUUUAAUGUUAAAGUGUGCUGAUUAUCUGAAAUCUUUAUUGAUAUACAAUUUAAAUAUGUAUGAUUAUAUGCAUUCGCUUUUUAUAACUAUGCUCUUUAAGAGACGUCUUUAAGUUCUAUCAGAGUUACAGACUAAAAUAAAAACAAAAAAUUUAAAUAAAAAUACGUGGGAUACAAAAAAAAAGUUUUAGAAAUAUAUAAAAAAUAACUUAAGGCUUUUUCGCGCACAUUAUCGUGUUCUCCAAGGGAUUCUAAAUAUUUUUGGAUGAUUAUACAUAUUUCUGUAAUGCAAAUAUCAGAAAAGAUUUCCGCAAAAUGUUUUUAGGAAAUAUGCAUCUAGCUAGAUGUAGUUUGCUGGAAACAUAUUUGCUCCCCCAGAAGGAUUGUAGACUGGAACAAGAAAUUACAAAAACUAAAUUUCGAGAAUGUACUUCUUCGGAUCAGACAGGGCUGCUAAUAUAGCAUGUUCACUUUUGAAACACCCGAAAAUACAAUUGAUAUAACUUUAUCGCAAUUUGAAACGCCUUUGAAAGAGCAGGGGUUAAAAAGGCGACAUCAAAACAAUUCGUCUAGAAAACCAAUAUUGCCAUUUGGCAUUUGUUUGCAUUGCGCACUUACUUUUAUAUGCGCCAAUUUUUAACUCCCCAGCGCGUACACAAAAUAUUGGCCCAUUUCAAAAUAUGUCCAGUCUAUAUCCUAUACCGCUAGUCAUAAAACAAUAGCAGCACAUUUUCAAAUAGGCAGAUAAUAUAACCGGAGUGAUGUUUACCAAUACGAUGAAUAUUGGAAAUAGGCUUUAUUUAAUUAACACACAGAAGGUGCAUGAUAAGUACAAACGUAGCAUAACUGACAUAUAUAAUUAGAUUCCCACAUUAUUUUGUUAGUAUUUAUAGGUACAGAAAUAUACAACGAUGUAUGCAAUAUAUUUUUGUAAUAUUUAAGAUUACUUAUAUUUAAACGCUGUGGAGGAACUUGUGCAAUGUAAAUUGUAUAAAAAUAUUAAUUGUAAGACGUAAAAUGUGACUAUCUGACGUCACACCCAGAAUCAAAACUCGGUCAUAUAUCUUUAUUUUCCGUUACCGUCGCCUUAUAUGAAAACUUCGCCUUUGCAAAAUUCUUUUCUAAUGUGAAUUUCUUCAAUAAAACCUCGAAAAGCACACGUUAUCUUCUAUCCGGGUUAAAAUUGAGACAAAUUGAAAUUAGCGUAUCCAUUGUGAGGGUUUGUUAAUGAAAAAUGACAUCGGAAUGUAAGUUUACAGAAACACGCUUACCAGGUUUUCAUUAUAAGGCGACGUUAUGUUUUGCAACAUUUUGAUUUGCGUCGCAUUAAUAUUAACUUUCAUUAAAUUAUACUUCCUAUAAAACUUAACUUUCAAGGCUACUAUUGGAGUAGUGGUGCAGACUCUAAUUUUCGCCUAUUUUAUAAAAUAUGAAAAAAAUAAUAAUAACAGCAAAACAAAUAAUUUGAAAGCAUCCGACGAGUUCGUCCACAGCUCUAUACUUGUAAUUGUUAACAUAUCAAAGACUACCCUUACGGACGUUUAUUGUUAUUCUUCGAUAUGUAUUAUUUCCCGCGCAGAUUGUAUUUAUUUAACUGUAUCGUUCGACGAUAAACAAUCAUGUUUUAAGCACUAAAAGUGUUCAAGUUACCCCUCAGGGGGCAUGUUUUGCAUAAUUUUGUUAAUUUUUAUCAUCCAGUUUUUAUAGUUUUUAUUUUUGAUCGGGCAAUGAGUAUGACUCGUUCCAAUUUAUAUUUUUUAAUUGCAAAAAAUGUUGUGUAAUACCAAAUAAUUACCUACUUUUAUUUCUUGUUUACGUUCUGUAAGAAUUCGAAUAUUUUUUUUAUUUAUAUUAUGUAUUUUAUAAGUGUAACAGCAACGAAAAUGCUAUGAGUAAGGAAUGGUUGUUACGUGUUGCUCUAAGAUCGUGAAUGUGUUUUUAUAGUUUGAUUUUGGAUAUGCAUGCAAGUGGAAACUAUUUGACAUUUUCUCCUGUUCACUGCCAUUUGUGGUUUGAUGUUUGGGCAAUGUUUGAAACAAUGUAUAGAAUAUUCCAAACAAUAACCGUUUUUUUACUCAUAGCGAAAAAAAUUUACUCUGAUCAAAGUAUAUACGUAAUUUUGGUACAUAAUCUAGGGGCCUUAUUGAACAUAGUGUUUGAAAUGUAUAGAGAAGAAAAUAUUUUUAGAAGUCUACGUUUAAUAGAAUGAUCUAUUUUUGUUACGCUUUUUCAAUUAAUACGGAAUUAGGAAUUUGAUUACAGCAAUAUUUGCAAUCCUGUUGAUUAAAAAUUAAAUUGUUAUUUAUGAUAAUUUGGACCAUAGGCGUUUGCGCGGGUAACUUUUGUAAUUGAUUUUACCUGUUUUACUAUCACAGGCAAUAAAUUAUAGUAAUAAAUUUUGUCUAAUUUCCGUUGAUUUGGGAAGUAUUCAGUUAAUUUCAAAUAUAAAACUACAAAAAAAGUAUUACAACUUUUAAACUUUCAUAUUUGCCUUGUUUGAAGGGUAUAGUAUACAUUUUGUCAUUUUGUACUACGAAAUAUUAUUUUAGUGUUCGUUUCCCACGUUAUUUUAAACAGAAAGGUUCUUCCAAGCAAAAGUUGCCAGCGUAAAAAUAUAUAAAAUAUCAGCAGCAAAUGAAGGUAGUUGUCAUUUACUAACACGCCGUCGUUCCCUCGCAGGAUAGCCUAUAAUAAUAAUUAUAAACAAUGUACCUGUUUUAUAAUAACAUGUAAUUGGUCUUCAUUGUAAUAAAUAUUUUUGAACAUCA